AUGCUGGCAGGCACACAAGCAGUGGUGGUGGCACCAGUAGUUGCAGCAUCAACGCCCACUGCACUGGUUGCAGCUGCAGCAAUGGAGGGCAUCCGUGGGGGAAGCACUGGCAGCAACAGCAGUUCUGCGUAUUACACAUGGUACCGCUUCUCCUUAUGUGUUGUGCUGUGCCGGGCUGGGAUGGGCCUGCAUAUUGUGGGAUACCGCGGCAUGGGGGAUCCAGGCGAUCCGUUUUCGCUCGACCUGCACGGGGCGGGCGCGUCCACGCUGCGCGCCGUCGUGCGCGACAAGCUCGCCGAUUUCUCAGAGAGCUUCACCGACGACGUGCUCGCGGAGUACGUGGUGGUGCUGGUGGCGCACGGCAAGCCCAAGAGCCACGCAGCAGAGGAUCUCGAGGCCUUUCUGGGCGACCAAACUGCUGCCUUUGUCGACUGGCUGUGGGCUCACCUGUCCGCCAACAUUGGGAAAUACAACGCGGCCGUUGCUCCAGAUGCGGAUGGUGCAGGCAAGGAUGGGAAGGAAGUGCCCGCAAAGGAGGAGGGGAAGCGAGACGAGGUGACGCGAGACGAGGGACGAAGGAGGGAGGCUGGUGAAGUGAGGGAGGAUGGCGGAGGGGUGUGGGAGGAGAGGGGGAGGGAGGAGAGGGGACGAGAUGGGAGAGGGAGGGAAGAAAGGGGGAGAGAGGAGAGAGGGAGGGAAGAGAGGGGGAGAGAAGUGAGAGGGCGGAGCAGGGAGAGGAGUGGUGAAAGAGGUGGGGAGAGAGGUGGGGAGAGAGGUGGGGAGAGAGGUGGGGAGAGAGGAAUGAGCGAAGAGAGGGAAAGAGGAUGGAGCAAGGAGCGCGAGAAGGGAAGGGACAGAGACGGGAGAAACCUGGUUGGAAGAACGGAGUCGUGGAAGGGCAAGAGAGGAAGGGAUGGGGCUGUUGGUGGGCGUGAGGAAGAAAGGGGGACGGGGUAUGUGGAGAGAGGGAGGCGAUAUGAGGAGAGAGGGAGGGGAUAUGAGGAGAGAGGGAGGGGAUAUGAGGAGAGAGGGAGGGGAUAUGAGGAGAGAGGGAGAGGGUAUGAGGAGAAAGGGAGGGGAUAUGAUGAGGAGAGGGGACGGGGGUAUGAGAAGAGAGGGCGGCUGUAUAUGGACGAGGUACGAGGGACGGAGGGCGAGGAGGAAAGGGGGGAUGAGAGGAGAACGGCGCGGGGGACGGAGAGGGGAAUUGAGAGGGAUGUGUGGGCGCGUCGGGGUGGGUCUAGAUCGUGGUCUCCUCCUAUAAAGCGGGAGGAGAGGGAGCAGCGGAGGGAGGAGAGGGUAGAGGAGGGCGCGAGGAGGAUGGAGGAGACGUGGGGUGGGGGAUUGGAUAGGGAGGAGUCGAGGGGUGCGGAACUGGGAAGGGCGGUUAAGAGGCGGGUGACAGGGGAAGGGGGCGGUGAGGAGUGGCGGGGGAGGCAUGAGGGGGAGAAGCAGGGGGAGGAGGGGCGGCGGGAGAGGGUGGUGCGCGCGGAGAGGCAUGGGGAGGAGGAGCGGGCGCGCAUGAGGCGGCUGUUUGGUAGUAGCCUGGGUGAGGGGGCGCGGAGGCGGGCGACUGCGGAUGGGGGGAGGGCGGAUGGGGGAGAAAGAGGAUUGGUGCAGAGACGGACAGAGGGAGCAGAGGGGGCGGAGGGGGCGGAGGGAUCAGGACUGGAAGGCAGCGCGGAGGCUGUGAGGAGGAAAGGGCGUGGGGCGUUUGCUUCGGUGGGAGCGAGUGAGAGGCGAAUGGAGGGCGAGGAGGAGAGGUGGCAAGGGGAGGAGGGUGUGGGAGUAGGGGGGGAGGAGGAGCAAGAGGGAGGGGAAGGUGUGCGGAGAGGGGAUGGGAGGGGAGGGGAUGGGAGGGGAGGGGAUGGGACACAUGGAGGGGCGGCAGGAGGGCAGAUUGCUGGGAAGAGAGGGCGGCAAGUGAGCGGGGGAGCCAGGGGAUUGGGCAGCAGGUUGUGGCAGUUUGCGGUGAGAGAUGCUGUGAAGCCUGUGAGGGAGGUGAGGGUUCCUGCUCACGCCCAUGGUGCCACUCCCACUGCGGCUGCACCUCUUGCUGCUGCUGCUGCUGCUGCCGUUGCGAGCGGUAAUGGUGAGCAGCAGGAGGAGGCGACAAGGGCAGUGGAAGUGAGGGCGACGAGGGAAGUAAGGCGAAUCGUCGUGUCUGCACCUAGCCGCUCUGCCGUUCAAAGCGCUCACCUCGACGCCCCCCCUGCUGCCUCCGGUGGUCCCUCUCCUGGUGCUGUGAAGGCUGCUGCUGCUAGAGUAGCUAGUGAUGAGGAGGAAGAGGAGGAGGAGCGGGUGGCAAGGGCAGAGGAGAGAAGGGAUGUGGAGAGAGGAGUGGAAAGAGGAGUGGAGAGAAAAGAGAAGAGGGAAAAAGAUAGAGGAGAGGAGGGAGAAGAAGAGGGGAGAGAAGAGGAGGGACUGGAGGAGGAGGAGGAGGGGCGUGGGGCGCGGAAGCGGUUGCGGUCAGUGGUGGUGUCUCUUCCUGCUGACGCCCCUCGCCGGAUCAAGGCAGUGCGGAGGCAGGGGAGGGAGGCGAGUGGGGGCGAGGAGGCAGAGGAAAGAGCAAGAGGAGAUUCAAGAGGUGGAGCAGUGGCAGGUGCAGGUGGGGGGGAAGGGAGAGUAGCAGAUGAUGCGGAGGGGAGAGAGGGGGCGGAGAAGGAGGGUGGUAGAGGGAGUGUGUGGGCGAGGUUGGGCAAGCGAUGUGUGCAGAGGGGUGGAGAUGGGCGGAUAGUGGUGCAGAGGCAAGCGGGGCUUGGGGAAGAGCAUGGGGAAGGGUUUGAAGGGUUUAUGAGUGGGUAUGGGGAAGGGUAUGGGGGAGAGUAUGGGGAAGGAUACCGGGGAGAGUAUAUGGAUGGGUUGAGAGGAGUUGAGCAGGGUAUGUGGGGAGAGGGAGUAGAGGGGUGGGGCGAUGGGAAAGGAGGAGAGGGAGGGGGGAUGCGAGUGAGGUUUGGAGGAGAGGGGGAGGAAGACGAGGAGGAGGACGAGGAGGAAGAGGAGGAGGAAGAGGAGGAGGGGAUUGAGGGCCCAACUUCAAAGCUGACUUGUGAUCAAACCCCUCCGCUUGCGCACUUCCUCUCUCACUCCCUCAUUCCACUUCCUCUCUCACUCCCCCUCAUUCCACUUCCUCUCUCACUCCCUCAUUCCACUUCCUCUCUCACUCCCGUUCCACUUCCUCUCUCACUCCCUCAUUGCACUGCCCUCUCUCACUCCUCAUUCCACUUCCUUCUCACUCCCUCAUUCCACUUCCUCUCUCACUCCCUCAUUCCACUUCCUCCUCUCUCACUCCCUCAUUCACUUCCUCUCUCACUCCCUCAUUGCACUGCCUCUCUCACUCCCUCAUUCCACUUCCUCUCUCACUCCCUCAUUCCACUUCCUCUCUCACUCCCGCAUUCCCACUUCCCUCUCUCACUCCCUCAUUCCACUUCCUCUCUCACUCCCUCAUUCCACUUCCUCCUCCUCUCUCACUCCCCAUUCCACUUCCGCUCUCACUCCCGCAUUCCACUUCCUCUCUCACUCCCUCAUCCACUUCCUCUCUCACCCCUCAUUCCACUUCCGCUCUCACUCCCUCAUUCCACUUCCGCUCUCACUCCCUCAUUCCCACUUCCUCUCUCACUCCCUCAUUCCACUUCCUCGCUCACGCCCGCAUUCCACGGCCCUCUCACUCCUCCCUCAUUCCACUUCCUCUCUCACUCCCUCAUUCCACUGCCUCUCUCACUCCCUCAUUCCACUUCCUCUCUCACUCCCUCAUUCCACUUCCUCUCUCACUCCCUCAUUCCACAUCCUCGCUCACUCCCUCAUUCCACAUCCGCUCUCACUCCCCUCAUUCCACUUCCUCUCUCACUCCCUCAUUCCACUCCUCUCUCACUCCCUCAUUCCACUCUUCCUCUCUCCUCCCCUCAUUCCACUUCCUCUCUCACUCCCUCAUUCCACUUCCUCUCUCACUCCCUCAUUCCACUUCCUCUCUCACUCCCUCAUUCCACUUCCUCUCUCACUCCCUCAUUCCACUUCCUCUCGCACUCUCCCUCAUUCCACUUCCUCUCUCACGCCCUCAUCCACUUCCUCUCUCACUCCCUCAUUCCACUUCCUCUCUCACUCCCUCAUUCCACUUCCUCUCUCACUCCCUCAUUCCACUUCCUCUCUCACUUCCUCCUCUCCCCUUUUCCUCUCUCACUCCCACUCCUCAUUCCACUUCUCUCUCACUCCCUCAUUCCACUUCCUCUCUCACUCCCCAUUCCACUCCCUCCUCUCACACUCCUCAUUCCACUGCCUCUCUCACUCCCUCAUUCCACUUCCUCUCUCACUCCCUCAUUCCACUUCCUUCUCACUCCCUCAUUCCACUUCCUCUCUCACUCCCUCAUUCCACUUCCUCUCUCACUCCCUCAUUCCACUUCCUCUCUCACUCCCUCAUUCACUUCCUCUCUCACUCCCUCAUUCCACUCCUCUCGCACUCACUCCCUCAUUCCACUUCCCUCUCUCACUUCCCUCACUCUCACUCUCCCCCUCUCACUACUUCCUCUCUCUCACUCCCUCACUCCACUCACCUCCCCCUCAUUCCACUUCCUCUCUCACUCCCUCAUUCCACUUCCUCUCUCACUCCCUCAUUCCACUUCCUCUCGCACUCCCCAUUCCACUUCCUCUCUCGUCACUCCCCACUUCUCUCAACUCCCACUCCUCUUCCGCUUCUCGCCCUCAUUCCACUCCUCUCUCACUCCCUCAUUCCACUUCCUCUCUCACUCCCUCAUCCACUUCCUCCUCACUCCCUCAUUCCACUUCCUCUCUCGCACUCCCUCAUUCCACUUCCUCGCUCACUCACCCCUCAUUCCACUUCCUCUCUCACUCCCUCAUUCCACUUCCUCUCUCACUCCCUCAUUCCACUUCCUCUCUCACUCCCUCAUUCCACUUCCUCUCUCACUCCCCUCAUUCCACUUCCUCUCUCACCCCUCAUUCCACUUCCUCGCUCACUCCCGCAUUCCACUUCCUCUCUCACUCCCUCAUUCCACUCCUCUCUCACUCCCUCAUUCCACUGCCUCUCUCUCACUCCCUCAUUCCACUUCCGCUCUCAGCCCGCAUUCCACUUCCUCUCUCACUCCCUCAUUGCCACUGCCGCUCUCACUCCCCAUUCCACUUCCUCCUCUCACUCCCUCAUUCCACUUCUCUCUCCACUCCCUCAUUCCACUCCGCUCUCACUCCCUCAUUCCACUUCCUCUCUCACUCCCUCAUUCCACUUCCUCUCUCACUCCCUCAUUCCACUUCCUCUCUCACUCCCUCAUUCCACUUCCUCUCUCUCACUCCUCAUUCCACUUCCUCUCUCACUCCCUCAUUCCACUCCUCUCUCACUCCCUCAUUCCACGUCCCUCUCACUCCCUCAUUCACUUCCUCUCUCACGCCCUCAUUCCACUUCCCUCUCUCACUCCCUCAUUCCACUUCCUCUCUCACUCCCUCAUUCCACUGCCUCUCUCACUCCUCAUUCCACUUCCCUCUCUCACUCCCUCAUUCCACUUCCCUCGCUCACUCCCUCAUUCCACUUCCUCUCUCACUCCCUCAUUCCACUUCCUCUCUCACUCCCUCAUUCCACUUCCUCUCUCACUCCCUCAUUCCACUUCCUCUCUCUCCCGCAUUCCACUUCCCUCUCACUCCUCAUUCCACUUCUCUCGCACUCCCCUCAUUCCCACUUCCUCUCUCACUCCCUCAUUCCACUUCCUCUCUCACUCCACCUCAUUCCACUUCCUCUCUCACUCCCUCAUUCCACUUCCUCUCUCUCACUCCCUCAUUCCACUUCCUCUCUCACUCCCUCAUUCCACUUCCUCUCUCACUCCCGCAUUCCACUGCCUCUCUCACUCCCUCAUUCCACUUCCUCUCUCACUCCCUCAUUCCACUUCCUCUCUCACUCCCUCAUUCCACAUCCUCUCUCACUCCCUCAUUCCUUCCUCUCUCACUCCCUCAUUCCACUUCCCUCUCACUCCCUCAUUCCACUUCCUCUCUCACGCCUCAUUCCACUUCCUCUCUCACUCCCUCAUUCCACGUCUCGCUCACUCCUCAUUCCACUUCCUCUCACUCCCUCAUUCCACUUCCCUCACUCCCUCAUUCCACUUCCUCUCUCACUCCCUCAUUCCACUUCCUCUCUCACUCCCUCAUUCCACUUCCUCUCUCACUCCCUCAUUCCACUUCCUCUCUCACUCCCUCAUUCCACUUCCUCUCUCACUCCUCAUUCCACUUCCUCUCUCACUCCCUCAUUCCACUUCCUCUCUCACUCCCUCAUUCCACAUCCUCCUCACUCCCUCAUUCCACUUCUCUCUCACUCCCUCAUUCCACUCCACUUCUCUCUCACUCCCUCAUUCCACUUCCACUUCCUCUCACUCCCUCAUUCCACUUCUCUCUCACUCCCUCAUUCCACUUCCUCUCUCACUCCCUCAUUCCACUUCCUCCUCUCACUCCCUCAUUCCACUUCCUCUCUCACUCCCUCAUUGCACUGCCUCUCUCACUCCCUCAUUCCACUUCCUCUCUCACUCCCUCAUUCCACUUCCUCUCUCACUCCCUCAUUCCACUUCCUCUCUCACUCCCUCAUUCCACUUCCUCUCUCACUCCCUCAUUCCACUGCCUCUCUCACUCCCUCAUUCCACUUCCUCUCUCACUCCCUCAUUCCACUUCCUCUCUCACUCCCUCAUUCCACUUCCUCUCUCACUCCCUCAUUCCACUUCCUCUCUCACUCCCUCAUUCCACUUCCUCUCUCACUCCCUCAUUCCACUUCCUCUCUCACUCCCUCAUUCCACUUCCUCUCUCACUCCCUCAUUCCACUUCCUCUCUCACUCCCUCAUUCCACUUCCUCUCUCUCCCUCAUUCCACUUCCUCUCUCACUCCCUCAUUCCACUUCCUCUCUCACUCCCUCAUUCCACUUCCUCUCUCACUCCCUCAUUCCACUUCCUCUCUCACUCCUCAUUCCACUUCCUCUCUCACUCCCUCAUUCCACUUCCUCUCUCACUCCCUCAUUCCACUUCCUCUCUCACUCCCUCAUUCCACUUCCUCUCUCACUCCCUCAUUCCACUUCCUCUCUCACUCCCUCAUUCCACUUCCUCUCUCACUCCCUCAUUCCACUUCCUCUCUCACUCCCUCAUUCCACUUCCUCUCUCACUCCCUCAUUCCACUUCCUCUCUCACUCCCUCAUUCCACUUCCUCUCUCACUCCCUCAUUCCACUUCCUCUCUCACUCCCUCAUUCCACUUCCUCUCUCACUCCCUCAUUCCACUUCCUCUCUCACUCCCUCAUUCCACUUCCUCUCUCACUCCCUCAUUCCCCCACAACAUGUCUUCCGUGUGGCAGGAGAGUGUGGAGUGCUGAUGCUGCACCCUCUAAGCCCACAGCUGCUGCUCACCCCAACGACACAUUGUCAACCUCACCGCACUCCACCGCACUGCACACCCACGCACCCACGCCCAUGCGGAAGUCCCUUUCCUCAGGAGACGCUGAUGAUCGCUCUGUGCUCGUCUCCAAUGUGCAUUUUGCAGCAACGGUGGCAGCACUGACCCUCCACUUUGCUGCGUGUGGGGAGAUCCGCCGAGUCACCAUGCUCACUCAUCCCCUCACCGGCCGCCCCAGAGGAUGUGCUUAUAUCGAGUUCGCCACUAAGGAAGCGGUCGACAAGGCCCUGGCACUCAACGAUGCUUCGUUUAUGUCACGUCCACUAAAGAUCGUCCACAAGCCCCAUGCAACAGUGGAGGCGCUCCCCUCUGCUACGGCACCACCCAUCACUCCCACGCGCCCUGCUCGCCCACUCCUCACGCCCACCAAGCCCCUUUCUCCUGCUGUAGCCACCAGCCCCACAGCCCUCGCCUCCCCCUCAGCACGUCCCGUGAAAGCACAAGCCCCACUUCUGCUUGAUGCGGAUUGGAAAGGUUGGCGCAUCGCAUCAGAGGUCCCCAGAUUCCCACCGUGGCAGGUGCACCAACCACCGAGCACCAUCUCCAGCAAUCUUGGCCAUCACGUUUCGCUGACGGGGCUCUGGUGGUUCGCUUGCGAGAUGGGAAAAUGCCUCGGAACAGGUGGCAAUCUUGACGAGAAUUACGGGACAGCACAGCAAGAUUAUGCGAACAACUUUCUGCACAUCGACGGCUGUGAAGACACCACACAGGUACUGUGCUGGACAAGACAUCGCCGUGCGCUGUCGCACAGACCACGCGAAACACACCAACAUCACGGCGCCGAUCGCCAGAUCCACUCCACAUCCGCUAUGGCUGCCGAAGCUCCCAAGGACGAUAAAGUGGUGUUCGACCCAGCGGCCCAGUCAAGGAAGACCACGCGUGCGGGAGAGCACAUUCAGAAGGUGAAGGACAUUCCCGACUUCGCUCCCAAGGACAUCUAUGUCGCCAAGCUCGAGCCCAAGGAGGUUCUCCACAACCUCUCCGUCGCUGAGCUGUACGAGCAAGCCAUCGCCCAUGAGGAGGGCAACUUCAUCGUGUCCACCGGCGCGCUGUGCGCCAUCUCCGGCCAGAAGACUGGCCGCUCCCCCAAGGACAAGCGCGUCGUGAAGGAGAGGGACCACGCUGACGAUAUCUGGUGGGGCGAAGGGUCGCCCAACUAUGAGAUGGACGAGUACACGUUCAUGGUGAACCGCGAGCGCGCCAUUGAUUACCUGAACACGAUCGGCAAGGUGUACGUGCAGGACAUGUUCCUCAGCUGGGACCCCAAGCUGCGCAUCAAGGUCCGCAUCGUCUGCGCGCGUGCCUACCACGCGCUCUUCAUGCACAACAUGUGCAUCCGCCCGACGGAGGAGGAGCUCAAAAACUUCGGCGAGCCCGCCUUCACCAUCUACAACGCGGGCCACUUCCCCGUGAACCGCCUCUCCAAGUACAUGUCGUCCGGCACCUCGGUCGACAUCGAUCUCAACCGCAACGAGAUGGUCAUUCUCGGCACCGAGUAUGCGGGCGAGAUGAAGAAGGGGCUGUUUUCCCUCAUGAACUACCUCAUGCCCAAGCGCGGCAUUCUCUCGCUCCACUCCGGUGCCAACAUGUCCAAGGACGGCCAGGUCUCGCUCUUCUUCGGGCUGUCCGGUACCGGCAAGACGACCCUCUCCACCGAUCCGAACCGGUAUCUGAUUGGUGAUGACGAGCACACGUGGAGCGACGAUGGUGUGGCGAACAUUGAGGGCGGGUGCUACGCUAAGUGCAUCAACCUGAGCAAGGCGAACGAGCCGGAUAUCUACAACGCGAUCCGCUUCGGAUCCGUCGUGGAGAACGUUGUCUUCGACCCGCACACGCGCGUCGUCGACUACAACGACGGCAGCAUCACGGAGAACACGCGCGCGUCGUACCCCAUCGAGUACAUUGCGAAUGCCAAGAUCCCGUGCGUCGCGGGCCACGCCACGAAUGUGAUUCUCCUCACGUGCGACGCGUUCGGCGUGCUGCCGCCCGUCAGCCGUCUAACGCUGGAGCAGACCAUGUACCACUUCAUCUCCGGUUACACCGCUAAGGUGGCCGGCACUGAGAUGGGCGUGACGGAGCCCGAGGCCACCUUCUCGGCGUGCUUCGGCGCGGCCUUCAUGAUGUGGCACCCGUACAAGUACGCGACCCUGCUCGCGGAGCGCAUCAAGAAGCACGGCAGCACGGCGUGGCUCGUCAACACGGGCUGGACCGGCGGCGGAUACGGCGUGGGGCACCGCAUGAGCAUCAAGCACACGCGCGCCAUCAUUGAUGCUAUCCAUGAUGGCUCGCUCGCCAAGGCCGAGACGGUCACCACGCCCGUGUUCAACCUGCUCGUGCCUACCACCUGUGCCAAUGUCCCCAACGAGUGCCUGCAGCCCGAGACCCUGUGGGCGGACAAGGCCAAGUACCGCGAGACGUUGGAGAAGUUGGGCAAGCUGUUCCAAAAGAACUUCACCAAGUUCACCGAGUUCGAGAUGGGCGGCACCUCACAGCGCAUCCCGGACGAGGCUAUAUCCCCCGGACAACUCUGCAUACAGGAUGUUCAGAAACUUUAA